UGUCUGUCAGCCACCCUCCGUCACCCCUGCGAUCAUGGAGGCCCAAGCAGGGGAGGAGCCAGGCCCAAGUGGUUCGGCUCCUGCAUCGUCUGACUCCGCCCCCAGCCCACAUAGCGAGGCAGUGACCAAUGAGCUGCAAGAGCUGUCGCUGCAGCCCGCCCCCAACCUGCUGCCCCUGAGAGAUAGGAAAAACGUGCUCCAGCUCAAACUCCAGCAGAGACGGACCCGUGAGGAACUGGUCAGCCAGGGGAUCAUGCCACGGUAUGAGGAGAUGGCACGAAACAGGAAGGAGAGGUAUGAGGGAAUGGCAGUAGAACAACAGGAGAAGGAGAGACUGAAGCACUACCUAAAGAGGAAGAUCCGAAGUCGGCCGGAGAGGUCGGAGCUGGAGAUGCACAUUCUGGAGGAGACGUCGGCGGAACCCCUCCCUCAGGCCAAACAACUGCAGCUGAAGAGGGCCCGUCUGGCUGACGACCUCAACGACAAGAUCUCCCACCGGCCCGGCCCCAUGGAGCUCAUUCACAAGAACAUCCUGCCUGUACACAGAGCAAUCAAACAGGCCAUCAUAGAGACAGACUUCCCCAAGGUUGCUGGGGAGAUAUCCUCCUUUGAUGAGGACAGUAGUGAUACUCUCUCUCCUGAGCAGCCCAUUGGUCAGGAGUCUCCGCUGGGCCACGGCCCUCUGCCCUCUCCCCCUGACGCCCUAGCUUGCAACAGCACCCCCACACAGUUUCUCACUCAGGUUCCUCCGCCACCCCCUCCUCUUCCUCCCUUCUAUGGGCCCUGCCAACCAGUGAAGUUGARCAAUGGGACAGCAGUUCUGAGAACCRCCCCUGCACUGAUCAAGUCYCAGCCAAAGCCCACCUCAGAGCGCCCCCYUCAGCGAUCCAAGAAGCCCAAGGACAACAAGCCCAAGGUGAGGAAGCUGAAGUACCACCAGUACAUCCCCCCGGACCAGAAGGCCGACCACGAGCCGCCCCCUCAGCUGGACUCCACCUACGCCAAGAUCCUCCACCAGCAGCAGCUCUUCCUCCAGCUGCAGAUCCUCAACCAGCAGCAGCAGCACUACAACUACCACACCAUCCUUCCUGCACCGCCCAAACCACUAACAGAUCAACCACCUCCCACCAAUGGCCCCUCUCCUUCUCCGGCCKURCCCGCCCCCUCGACAUCCUCCUMCAGUCAAAGUGCACCRAGCCRGCAGAAUGUCACACAUGUGGGAGGGGCCACASCAGGUUGUUUGCCUCCUAACCUGGACGACCUGAAGGUGGCUGAACUGAAGCAUGAGCUCAAACUGCGGAGCUUGCCUGUAUCAGGCACCAAGAAUGACCUCAUCGAGCGGUUGAGGAACUACCAGGCUCAGCAGAACAGUCGUGGUGGUGGUAGUGCAACAACUACAACAGCAGGGGGUGCCACAGUGUCUGGGGCUGGAGCUCCCAAAACCAACCACCCAACACAACAACAACAAAAACAACUACUACUACUACAACAGCAGCAACAGCAACUUUCCCAACACCAGGCCCUGUCCUCUGUGGUCCACCAAUCAGGAGAUGCAGGUGUGGUAACCUUGGCAACCUUCCCGUUCAUGACCACUGCUCCACAGCAGAUCAUGCACUUUGGCAGCACUAGCUCCUCCCCGCCUGUCUCUCCUGCCCCCUCGGAACGCUCGCUAGCUGGGAUGAGUCCAGAUGAGACGAGCUGUAAUGGAGACGCAUUUGGGGAGAUGGUAAGCUCUCCCCUCACCCAGCUAAGCCUCCAUCCCUCCCCACAGCACCGUGGCACUAUCAAAGAGGAGUUGAGUGGCUCGGCCCCAACAGCCUGCCAGUUCUCCAUAGCUGCUCUGCAGAAACGCCUGCAAGUAGCACCCCCGUCUGUGAACAAGGACCAGAUGCUGCAGGAGAAGGACAAGCAGAUCGAGGAGCUGACGUGCAUGCUAAGGCAGAAACAGCGGCUGGUGGAGACCCUGCGCGUCCAGCUGGAACAGGGCAAKAGAGGGGGCCGGGACGCCCCCCCAGAAMCCCUGGGCCUUGUCAGGGUGAAGGAAGAGCCCCCAGACAUCCCCAGCAUCCCCUCCACAUUUUGCCCCAUUGCCCGCUCCCCGACCCCUUCCCAGUGCCACAUGGAGGUCACCAAGAUGACCAUCAAGCAGGAGGUCGGGGAUGUGGAAGAGGCCGUGGAGCCGUCCUUGGAAGCCCCACCUCAGCAGGUGCAGCUGGAGCAGAUCCAGGCACAGCAGCGGUCGCAGCUGGAGCAGCUGAAGGUGCAGCAGACGCAGCAGAUCAACGCGCUGCAGCUGGCACAGCAGCAGGCCYUGCAGCAGCUGCUCCUACAGCAGAACCAGCAGAAUMUGCAGAAACACCGCUCACAGCAGAGGAAGAAGAARUCCCACAAGCAACAGCUCAAGCAGCAGCAGCAACAGCUACUGUCCCAACAACAACAGCAGAUACAAUCAAAGAACCAACAGCUGUUACAGUCAAAGCAUCAACAUCAGCAGAUAUUGCAGGAACAACAGCAGCUGAAGUCACAACAGGUGUCUCAGAUGUUCCUCAAUCAGCAGUCGCGCUCCACCACUUCCUUCCCCUUGGAUCUCCUCAAGACACACUCCACACCUACCCUGGUGACAGACAGCAACGGCAACCAUUUCCUCAUCGCACUGACCAAUCACUGUGCCGAGAACCAAGGGAGUGAAACGCCACAAGGCACUCCACAUAGCAAAGCAACCAAUCGCAUCAUACUGCAGAGACUGCAGUCAACUCCCACCAAGCUGCCCAGCCAAUCCCCUCUUCAGUUGUCCAGCAGUGACACCCAAUCAAAACCGAAAACUCAACCAGGCCUUGUGAAACAGCCAACCAGAAAGGAGGAUUUGAGUCCAGGUCUUGACCAUGAACCCCUGUUCAGCCCUCCUUCUCCCAAACAGACGCCCUCCCCUAACCCACCGGAUGACAAGGAUAAUGGAUCCACCCAGCAUAUGGACGACCUCUUCGACAUCCUGAUUCAAACAGGAGAAAUCUCAGCCACCUUCAAACCAGCGCCCGACCCUUCCCUGGCGCGACUGCGCCCCAACACCCCUUCCCCUUCCCACUCUCAGGCCCCCUCCCCUCUCCAGCUUCAACUCCACUUCUCGCCCCCCACCCCUCCCGAACCCGAGACCCCCAAGCCGGGCCCAGGGGAGGAGGAAGAGCUGCAGGCGCCUGCCACCGUUGAUCAGGACGUAAGCAACACAGGAAGUGGACGUCUGGAGGACUUCCUGGAGAGCACCACGGGCAAACCCCUCCUGGGGGUGGAGCCUGGCGGGCCCCUGACCCUGAUUGACGACCUUCACAGUCAAAUGCUGAGCACCCCCAGCAUCCUGGACCACACAUCCUCGCCCAUGGACACCUAUGAGCUGUCGGGCUACACGGCCAACCCCCCUGGCCUGAACUUCGGAGACCAUGCCCUGGACAGCAUGGAUUGGCUGGAUAUCACCAUGGGAGGGGCGAGCAACGAGAUUGCAGGGCUCGCCCCACUGGGUCCCCUGGGCCCCCACACGCCCCCCAGCGUCUUCUCAGCGGACUUUCUGGACAGUUCAGACCUGCAGCUCCACUGGGACUCCUGCUUAUAGCCCUGGACCGUCUUAUUGUCAUCCACACGGAUAGAUGCUGAUGUUACGUUGUCAACUCUUUCUCUCUUUUCUCAACGCACGGUACAACGACUCAAAAACACACUGGCUCUACUGCACUCUGAACUCAGUCCCUCUUACUGACUAACACUUUGAUAGAUGUCUUAUGUGUAUACCCUUACGUUCUAUAAGGCAGGCCCUCUUACACACGUAGCUUAUACAGCAAUACCUUUGUUAACAAACCCUGUGGACCGUAGUUGAUGAUGCUCCAUCUGAGCCAGUCAGCAGCUUACCGUAGCUACCGAUCUGGACUAUUGUCUACGUUUAUUAUUGCCCUUAGUACUAUUAGUAAUACUAUGGAGAUAUUGUAACAAUGUUGAACCAGUAAUGUGAGAACAAGACGAUAAUCACGUCUGUCUAGCAGCUUUAGGGUUAAAAAACCACAACCUACUUAUUUUCAUGAGAACUUUAGAGGAGAUGAUCAGGGAAGCCAAGGUGAAGGAGAAUCAAGUAGCUAUUUGUUAGCAUGAAUGCAUGCAGGAGUCAGACCGUGGCUCCAGUGUAGCGGUCUGGUGACCGCAGCUCUGGCUGAGUAGGAGAACUGCAGGAGGAGCCUGGUACAGAGGAGAGACACACAGACGGUGAUAUUUGACUAUAAUGUAUUUUUGCCCAUAAUAUGGGGUGUAUUUUGGAAUAUAUUUGAAAAUGCCAGGAAACAUGAUUUCGUGUUUUAGAACACGUGGUCUUACUCUCUUAGCUUUAAUGAUAUUGCUCUAGAACAUUAUGACAGACGUGAUAGGAUUUUAUAUAUUUGAUAAAAAUGAGAACCUGCUUUUUUUAACAGCGGUAUUGCUGCUACGUAGUGUACUUGAUCUCCCUUGGACGUAGGUUCAUUUUCAUAGACGCGCUGAACUAUAUGUCAGCCAGUACUGUAGCUACAGUAAGUUAGGGUUAAGAGAUUGCAAAGAUGGAAAUGUUUUUCAUUUCAACCUAUAUAAGCAAUUAAGUAUGCGGAGAUGACGUGUUUCGUGUAUACUGUAGUCCACUCCAUCAAUUAUAGUGAUGCCUGCUGAACCAGGAGCUGCAUUGGUGAAUCACGAAUGCUGUGUUAUUAUUUUGGGUGCCCCUUAACAUCAUGACUGUAUUAUUAUUAAUGUACUGUAUCAGUACCUUUGCCAAAC